UCUCAGCAACAGUCAUAACUUUAUUCACAACUGUCAGAAAAAUCUCAUUUCUGAAAAGUACAUUUUAAAUUCUGGAAACACUCCUGAGAAAAUAGGGUUGAAAAACAAAACCAGAAUUCUCCAAAUCUUUUUCAGAACUUUGAGUUUUUCUGGGUAUUUAGACUUCUGAGAAUUCUGAAAAACGGGAACAUAGACUUUUUCAGAACUUUUUACUGAUAUGUUAGAUUUUUGACGUGAAUAAUUAUCAUCCAAAAACUCAGAGUUCUGAAAAAAAGUCCAAAUCACGAGGAAAAUGAACUUUCGGAGAAGUGAAAAUUCUAAAUAUGUAUAAAUCUGUCAAAUUUCUGACAUUUUUCUCCAAAUGUUGCCUUUUUUUAAAAUAAUUUUCUCAGAAUUUUGACGCUGAUGGGCUGACAGCUGCUGCUGAGUCACCUGACCUCAUUAAAGAUUAACCUGCCGGCUGUCGGCCACUCAGCUGUCAGUGUAUGGUGUGGGGUUGCCGUGGAAAUGCUCAGGUGUGCUCAGGUGAGCUGAUGGCGUCUGGCAGCUUCCUCCACCGUAGAGCUGCCGAUGCUCAGGAGGCUCUGCAGAGAGCGCGCAGGAAGAUCUCAGAUCUACAGAACUAUAGACCCACUGAGGUAACAUCUCCAUCAUGGACGCCCAGUGCAGAGCUGAGGGACUCGCUUGUGGACAUGUACACAGUUAAUCCUGAAGUAAACGAGGAGCUGCGACAGCGUCUGCCCUCACCUGCAACCCAGCAUCCCAGCAUCACCACCCAGCAUCCCAGCAUCACCACCCAGCAUCCCAGCAUCACCACCCAGCAUCCCAGCAUCACCACCCAGCAUCCCAGCAUCACCACCCAGCAUCCCAGCAUCACCAGCACCUCAACCCAGUACCCCUGCAUCUCAACCCAGUACCCCUGCAUCUCAACCCAGUACCCCUGCAUCUCAACCCAGUACCCCUGCAUCUCAACCCAGCAUCCCAGCACCUCAACCCAGUACCCCAGCAUCUCAACCCAGUACCCCAGCAUCUCAACCCAGCACCCCAGCAUCUCAACCCAGCAUCCCAGCAUCUCAACCCAGCAUCCCAGCAACCCUGACUGGCCUAAAGCUCCUUCCUGCUGCCCCCCUUCACCCCUCUCCCUCAGGAGGUCUGUCUCUCCCAUCUCACCCCUUUCUCUCAGGAGGUCUGUCUCUCCUGUCUCACUCCUUUCUCUUAGGAGGCCUGUCUCUCCUGUCUCCCCCCUUUCCCUCAGAAGGUCUCUCUCUCCUGUCUCACCCCUUUCUUUCAGGAGGUCUGUCUCUCCUGUCUCCCCCCUUUCCCUCAGGAGGUCUGUCUCUCCAGGGGGAGAGAUGGAUGUCUCCCCCAUUAGAGGCCCUUCUCCUCGGGCAGAGAUACGAGGAGACGGGAGUCCAUCCCUCCAGAGACACCUGAUGAGCCCCGAGGACAGCUCUCAUCAGAAGGGGUUUUUGGGCCAAUCCCCGCACGGUCAUCCAAUUAUCGAGACAAAAAAUCUUUCCCCUGAAGGGCCACACUCUGAGGACGCAACAGAGCUGCAGGAGGAGCUGGUCCAGAAGGAGAAGGAUCUGCAGAGGAGGGAGCUGGAGGAAGAGCUGAGAGAGGAAAGAAGGGAGGAAGCGUGGGGAACCAGCAGAUCACCAAACCCUGUCCAGACCUAUGCAGACGAUGUCCAGGAGAGGCGCAGCGGAGGCAACAGGUGGUACCAGGCCAAGAAAGACAAGCCACCCUCCUUCUCCAUCAUGGGCGAUGAGAUUAAAGUGUGUGCGCGCCACGAAACCUACUGUUACCUUGGACACCGCUUCAACAUCGCGGUGAAUGGGAAGAGCAAGUACACAAACUGA